AACUUAAAAUCUUGAGUUUGCGAGUAAAUCGCUUCUUUGGAAGUGUUCCUGUACAUCUCUGCUAUUUGAGGCAAAUUCGUCUCUUGGAUCUUUCAAGGAAUAACUUGUCAGAAGGAAUUCCAACAUGUCUGAGCAAUUUUACUGCAAUGAGGGAAAGGACAGUAAUCAGAAGAAAAAUUGUUACGGGACAAAGGUGGACAUAUGGAGUUAUAUCCUCAGAUGUUUAUGACUCUAAUGUGUUAUUGAUGUGGAAGGGUCAGGAAUAUUUGUAUUUGAAUCCUGAGUUUCUUUUGAAGAGCAUUGAUCUCUCAAGUAAUGAUUUAACAGGUGAAAUACCAAAGGAGGUAAGAUAUUUACUUGAAUUAGUUUCUUUGAAUUUAUCAAGAAACAGAUUAAGUGGAGAAAUUCUUCCUGAGAUUGGGAAUUUAACUUCACUAGAGUUUCUUGACUUAUCAAGAAAUCAUUUGUCUGGUGAAGUUCCUUCUACUCUUUCCAAAAUUGAUCGUCUUGCUGUGUUAGACUUAUCUAACAACUAUCUUGUUGGAAGAAUCCCCUGGGGAAGACAGCUUCAGACCUUUAGUGCCUCUACUUUUGAAGGAAAUACCGAUCUUUGUGGUGAACCACUUAACAAAAGCUGCCCUGGAAAUGGCACAGCAACAAAGCCUCAAGGACCAGCAAUUCAAGGUCAUGAUGACAAUUCAGUUUUCUGUGAAGCAUUAUACAUGAGCUUGGGGUUAGGAUUCUUCACAGGCUUUUGGGGCUUAAUAGGUACAAUACUACUUUGGCAAUCGUGGAGAAAUGCUUACCUGAUGUUCUUAAACAAACUGACAGAAUAUAUAUUAGUAAUGGUUGAAGUGAACAUAGCAAAGUGCCAUAGGUGGCUCAAGGGCUAGUGGUUUAUGGGGGAUUAGCUACAACAGUCUAAUCUGGGACAGAGGCAUCGCGGAUUGCUGGAAGUUUACGAUAUUUAGUAUUGAAGCUUACAUUAUAAAAUCUGACUCAAGCUUUCUAUAACCACAACUUAGUUCCAUAGUGUCUGAAAAACACGUGGUUGAAUUGUAUAGAUUUAACAAAAAAAAAAGUUUUUUUUCAGUUGGUCACCUUUACAGAGAGGGCAACUCUUGUGAAGACUUACUUGCCUCUCAUGCUUCUGCUAUCUCUGAACUUUGCUGGUGGGAUACUUCCUCUUUUUUUGUUGCAGCAGAA